AUGAUGCCUGCAGCGACUAAUUUUACUCAAAACAACACGCAAGGUGACUGUCCUUCGCGGGAAUCCGGAUACAACUAUUUGGAUAUCCUGGGCAUUCUCGAGAUCGUGGUUUCGAUGCCCCUCAACGGAUUCAUCCUCCUCUUCAUCGUCGGUUCACCGAGACUGCGGAAACAGCAUAACGUCUUUACCUUCAACAUGGCGCUCAUAGACUUCGUGACAGCUCCGAAUGCGAUUCUUAUCAUUGUCCUUGGGCAAUCGAGUAUUCUUUACAAGAUUUGCAACACGAUUUGGAGUUCUUGUUCGGUUAUCUCGAGCUUGAACAUCCUACUUGUGGCCGUCUACCGUUUCGUAACCGUUCACGUCGACCCCUUUGGAGUCAAGAUCCUCGUGACCACACCUCGAUGCAUCUUCGCCUGUGCGUUGGCGUGGAUUCGCAGAGUCCUCAAUUCAACAUGGGGCUCGAGUGCAGUUUCAUCGACUUUCAACAUCCUCCUUGUGGCCGUUUACCGCUUCGUUACCGUUCGCGUCGACCCAUUCGGAGUCAGGAAUCUCGUCACCACACCUCGAUGCAUAUCUGCCUGUGUGCUGACGUGGUUUGUCGGUUCUUUCGUUUACAUUGGAAUCGUAGUGAAAGACGCUAUUUCUUGGAUAUUGCUCUUUAUCCUGGUCGUCUUUGUACUGACCGGGAUCUGCUACGUGCUUCUUUACCGCGGUGUGACGCGGUCACGAUCGUUGCGGCGCGGCGUGGACGCAGACGAGCACCGUUUGAAAGAGAAUCGCCGUUUGCUGAGAACUUUUGUCGCUAUAUACGUCACCUAUGUGUCUUGCUGGAUCCCAGGCUUUGCUUUUGCGAUUUCUAGAUUAGAUAAUGACAUGUUUGAAGAAAUUUCCAUACUUUCCAUUGCUGUCAGUUUGAUUACUAAUCCCGUUAUCUUCUGGGUGCGAUCAAAUGACUUCAAAGCUGAGGUGAAAAGAUGCAUAUUUAGAAACGACGUUGUGCCAGUAAUGUAUUGA